AAAAAAAAAAAAAAACUUAUUGCUUAUUGGAUAAUAAUAAUAAAUAGUAAAAAGGAAGAGUAAAACAACAACUACAACGUAUCAAUACAGUUGGACUAAUAUUACAGCAGCAGUAGUAGCAGUAGUAACUCCUCCUUUUUUCUGAUUGAGACAAAACAAAAUUAGAAAAAGGGGGGCCGAAUACCCACAGUGAGUGGCAGCCAUUUUUAUCAGUCCUGAACGUAGUAGAUCCAAAACCCACUCCUUUGCUGCUUCUUUGCUUAAUUCCUUCCCACAUCUUUCAAAUUCCAAACUAAUCAAAUUAAUUAUUCGUGUUUUGUGUUGCCUUUUAAAUAAAAAACAAUGUACGAUCCUGAACGUAGAUCUAAAUCCAGGCGCAGUACCAACUUAGCAUCUUGUCUGGUGGCCACCGUUUUCUUAGUCCUGCUCGCCGCCGCCGCCGUUUUGGUCUACUUCCUUAUCUUCAAACCAAAACCCCCCAGGAUUACCGUCGACGCCGUCCAGUUCCCCACUUUCUCCGUCUCCAACGGCACCCUCAACUUCACCUUCUUCCAGUUCGUCACCGUCACCAACCCCAACCGCGACCAGUUCACCCACUACGACAGCUCCCUCCAGCUCGCCUACUCCGGCCAGCCUCUCGGCCUCGUCUUCAUUCCCGCCGGUGAGAUCGACGGCGGCAGGGCUCAGCACAUGUCCGCCAAGUUCGACGUCCACGCCUAUCCCCUUCCUCCGCAGACCGCCGCCUCCACCACCACCGUCGCUCCCCGGCCGAUGGACGUGGCGUCCAAGGAGGCCGGAGGAGGAGAUGUGGUGCCGGGGCCCACGACCACGCCGACGAUGGAGAUAGAGACGAGGAUGAAGCUGGAAGGGCGGGUCAGGGUGCUGAAGGUGUUUACCCACCGGGUGCAGAGUGGGGUUAGGUGUGGAGUUGUGGUGGAGCUCAGCCGCGGCGCCGUCUUGGCCGUCCGUUGCUGAUGUCACCUUCACCCUCUCUUUUAUUACCUUUUGUUUCUUUUCCCAAUAGGAGGGAUGAAAGGAAAAAAAAAAAGAAAAAAGCUAAUUAUGUGGCUAACUAAUUGAAAUUAUUAUUGUUCCGGUGAAUUGUAAUUAGCCGUUAGAAAUAAUUCUUGUGUAGUACUAGUAUGCAAAUUCUCUGUAGUCUAAUCUAUCGGAAUUCCUUCGUAUGCAUUUUUGUUUUCUCAUUCUUUUCUAUAAAGCCAUUGCUUCAUUCUUGUGUACCGCUCCCUCUUUUCUUCCAGAUAGAACCUCUCCUUCUCUCUUGUAAAAAACCCCUCUUCAAAAUUUUCUUCAUCUUUCCUCAUCCACCAUUAAUAGUGGAUGGGAAAGUUGUUUUCUUUUUUUAAAUGUACUUUUGGCAAGCUCUUUUCAACAGAUCUGAUUUAAAAGAAGAAGAUCCACAACUCUCCGAAAGAAAUGAAGAUGAAUGUGAGGUCAAAUGAUUUUGCAAACGAAGGAUCUAUACAGAUCUGAGACUUUUAGUCACAUAGAUCGGGUCUUUCGAUUUAGAUUUGGAGUUUUAGUUUCUUGUAAGCUAUGUUUAGAUUUCAUUUAUAAAAGUGUAGUAUUCUUCUCUUUGUAUUUCUUGAGCUGUUGGAAUUUUCUUACUUUGUAAUUAGAAAUGUUGCCAUAAUUUAGACAAUUUAGCUUAGUUUAGGAGUGAACACAGUGUUAGAAUUAUGUAUCUCUUCUUCUGUGGCUAGGUAUAGCGUAUAAGUCAAGUUAUAAUAUCUCAACCGUAAAUUGUUGUAACCCAAUACAUUGUGGUUGUAAAAAAACAAGCAUAAAAGCUACAUCAUUUUGCAGUCGCGGUGACGGCCUUCCUAUAAAGAUAAUGAAACAAUGGUUUUAAUCCCCAAUUUUCUAAAAAUUAAUAUUUUUAUACUAUCUUAAAAGAGUAAAAUAAAUAAAACAUCUUACGGUUCAUAAGAGAAAAAUUACAUAUUUUCAAUUCAUAUUUAAAC